AGUCACUCGCACGCAAACAGCUCGCUGGAGAGAGAGAACACGAACACACAAAAGGAAAUAGUAGUUUUCCGUACGUACGAAUACGAAUACGAAUCGAAUCGAGCCCAGCCCAGAAAAGCGGAAAACCCGGAACGGACUCGCCAGCGGUUGCAAAUCUCCAUAAACUGAGUCACUAGCCAGCCCCUCUGCACACAGCAGCAGCAGCAGCAGCAUGCAAACCAUCAAGUGCGUGGUCGUCGGCGACGGAGCCGUGGGCAAGACCUGCCUGCUCAUCUCGUACACAACCAACAAGUUCCCCUCGGAGUACGUGCCCACGGUGUUCGACAACUAUGCGGUCACCGUGAUGAUCGGCGGCGAGCCCUACACACUGGGCCUGUUCGAUACGGCCGGCCAGGAGGACUACGAUCGACUGCGUCCGCUCUCCUAUCCGCAGACGGAUGUCUUCCUCGUCUGCUUCUCUGUGGUCAGUCCCAGUUCCUUUGAGAACGUCAAGGAGAAGUGGGUGCCCGAGAUCACACACCAUUGCCAAAAGACGCCGUUCCUGCUGGUGGGCACACAGAUCGAUUUGCGCGACGAGACCAGCACGCUGGAGAAGCUGGCCAAGAACAAGCAGAAGCCCAUCACCAUGGAGCAGGGCGAGAAGCUGGCCAAGGAGCUGAAGGCCGUCAAGUACGUGGAGUGCUCGGCCUUGACACAGAAGGGCCUGAAAAAUGUAUUCGACGAGGCCAUACUGGCCGCCCUGGAGCCGCCAGAGCCGACAAAGAAAAGGAAGUGCAAAUUCUUAUAAUUCCCCAACAACACCUCGCCCCUCGCCCCCACACGAUGAUGUAUCCCCUUCAAUCUGGCUUUCUACUAUCGCAACGACUCCUCCCCAGCCUCCCCCGGAAAGAAGCGGAGAAGCGUUCAGUAUGCAUACCACUGUGGGUGUGGGCAUAUGUUUUCACUUCUCCAGGAGCGCCCAGUCCAGCCCAGUACUCCAGAAGCCCCUCUGUCCCUCUCUCUCCCUCUCUCCCCAUCUCUGUCUUUCUGUGUCAGUAGUGUCCGUGCUCCUGCCCGGGAGCCACCUUUGGCCUGGUUUUUAAUCGGUUUUUACGUCGCUUUUAACUCGGGGACCGUCUUCCGCCCCUCAACACUCCAGCGCCAAGCCCGGCCCACAGCCGGCAGUCCAGUCCCAGCCAAGCGAAGCAAAGCAAACGCCUUCAUCCCCGCUCGCAUUCUUGUUUUUGGCGCAAUCUUCUUAUUAAGUGCAGAGAGAAAACACAAUAUCAAUAUAGCGAAAACAAAUUAUUUAUAUAUAUUUCUUUAUAUAUAUAUACAAGCAGUAGGGAGGAGACAACCAGAUAUAAAGUUAUUAUAAAGAAAACAAUCCAGAGCAAGCGAAAAGUGAGGAAGUCGAUAUACAGUCCCAGGAGCAGCGUGGAAGGACAGGCAAGGGCGUCGCAGUCGAGGAUUAUAUAAAAUAUUUAUGAUUUAUGAUUUAUGAUAGCCGAUGGCGCAACGGCGCAAUGUUCGGACAGCGCAGGCAGGAGGGAAUUCGCUGGCAUGCAAAUAUGAAAGUGAAGCUUAUUAUGUAAUAAAAGUAAGAGUAUUGAAAUACGAUUAAAGGUAAUUAAAAGAACUAGGCGUUGCAUCCACAAACACACACAGACACACAUCUGAAGUCUACAAUCUAUAUAUGAAUAUAUAAAAAUAUAUAUUUAAAUAUGUGUAAUCCAUAAAGUAUAACAAUAAAACAAACGGCGACAGCAAGAGAAAUUUGUAUUGUAGUUCAGUAAAAACAAGCAGAAAACAACAGAGAUGAGAAAAUACGAACUAAUGCAUUUUUUAAUAUUUUUAUAUGUAUACAUUAUCAAUUUUUACAUUUUUUUUCUAGACCUUAGUGAUUUAACAUUAUUGAUUUCAGAUAAUAUCUUAUAAUAAAACGAAAUCCAAAACGAAA